ACUAAUCAUCUCCUCCGGCUCGUGUGCAGAGCCUAUGCUGCGACUUGAUCAUGGAAACCUUUUCCUUUCACCUUCGAGUUCAGACAUGAGGGUUUGGUCAGAGGUCUCAGGAAAAAGCAUUGCAGCUUACCAAUCCAGUGCCUUUCAAAUGGCCAGUGAACUUGAUGUGUGCCGCAUGUGUGGAGAGCGAACGAGAGAUUGCACAUGCCCACCUUUAGAACUCGAAGCACAAGAGUUAGCGAGCGCAAUUUUCAGUCGUUGCAUAAAAUGGUGGGACCUAAGUUCCAGAAUAUUGGAAUACAGGAGAAACGGUACUGUCACGAGUAUGCGAGCUCAACUUAUUGGAUAUGUUGCAUCCGUCCGUUAAUAAAGCCCGCCAUUUGUAGCCAUCUGGGAUAAAGAUUUAUUAGUGUCUGUAAGUAGGCCUGAAACACGGCACUAAGCAUGUCGAGACGAGAUAAGGAUGGUCGACUUUGUCCUCCCGAUAUUUUCCUUGGGGCUUUCAAGUUGUUGGUAAAGAUCUGAAAGUCUGUUCAGCUGUGUUGGAGUUCAAUCCAGCAUACAUAGCUCGAACGAGUUUUGAGAUCGAGUGGUGACUUGAUAGACAUGUUCGGUUUGAUUAGCCAAAGCUGAUUUGAUGCAACCCUCCAAUUUGUAUAUCUUCGCUACAUUUUGAGGCAAAAAGUAGGUAGACAGCAAGAUUUUGACCUUGUUCGAGCGAGCUUCGAUUGCAGUAUCGGCUUACAGAAGUGACCUCACAUGUCUUUUGGACUGCCUGUGCGGAAAAACUUCUUCUUGUAUCAUAUAGGACUGAUAAGAGAUUUUGCAGGAGCCUUGAACUAAUUUUUUGUUUCGAAAAUUUUAA